GCAAGGCGCGCACAUCCGGGGAAGGGCGCCGGCUCAAGACCCUAAGAGAAGCCUCCUCCGCGGGCGCCUGGGGAGUGAGUCCACGAUGCGGCGGCCCCUCUCCCAGCCUGGGCCGGGGGCUUCCUGCCCUCCCCACAGUGACCGCCCCGAGCGUCCCUGCCCAGUGCCUCCCACACGUCCUGCAGGUCUGUCUGACUCUGCCGCUGGCAGGGGCUCCCCCUCUGCGUUCCCACCUGGCCUGCCCGCACCGGCACCGACAGCAGGGCCUGGCUGCUAGGGUUUGAGUGAGGGCCUGGCAGGCACCUGCGGUGGUGGAGCUGAUGCCCAGGAGGGUCGCUCAGGACAGAAGUUUGGGGGUUGCAGGGUGGAUGCAGGCAGUGGCGAGGGAGGGGCCACAUUCGGAGGCCAGGGCGGAAAGCUCAGCCCGAGGUCCUCGUUAGGAAGGGGACAGCCAGGGCACAGUUGUCAAAAGGCUGUUCAGUCCUGGGAGAGGGCGUGGCCUGGCUGUGCCUCUGCUACCUGCCCGCUGUCGUUUGGUUUUGUUUGUUUUUAACCUUUUUUGUUGUGAAAUAUAACGAACUCAGAAGAGGACACGAAGCAAACGUGCAGCCUAAUGAUUCGUCAUAAGUGAACCCCAGGCGUCCAGCAUCCAAGAGAAGACCGGAAACGCCCGCCCCGCCCCGAAGCCGCUCCCCUCCCCCAAGGGCACCACCGGGGACUCUGCAGACGCAGGAGCACUGGCCGCACCUCCGAGCUCCUGAGCGCGGGAUGGGGUGCUAAACAAGGCUGUUGUGUUUCUUUAUUCUCGACCCUUCAUGUGUGCCUGGCUUCUUCUGGCCGACGCUGGCUUUGUGAUUCAGGGCUGUUCUUGCAGGACGAGGACUGCCAUCCACCAUGGUGAAGCUGAACUGCAGCUUCUCGAGGAAGACAGGCUCCGGGGACGGGGCUACCAUGGACAGCGUCCCUCUGAUCAGUCCCCUGGAUGUCAGCCAGCUACAGCCUGCGUUCUCCGACCAGGUUGUCAUUAAGACACAGACGGAAUACCAGCUGUCCUCCGGGGACCCGCCGACAAAGUUCUCCGACCUAGAGGCCCAGAAGCUGGGCGGCGGCCACCCAGAGGAUGCACGUAGCAGGAUGCCCACAGGGCGGAUGAUCGCCUUCACCAUGGCGCUCAUGGGCUGCCUCCUGAUCAUGUAUAAGGCCAUCUGGUAUGACCAGUUCAGCUGCCCCGACGGCUUCCUGCUUCGGCACAAGAUCUGCACCCCGCUGACCCUGGAGAUGUACUACACCGAGCUGGACCCUGAGCACCACCGCAGCCUCCUGGCGGCCAUCGGGGCCUACCCAGUGGGCCGCAAGCACGGCACGGAGACCCCGUGGUUGUCCGCGAGCUACCACGCCUUCAAGGAGGCGCCCAAGGCGCACAAGGCGCCCGCCCGCGCGGCCAUGGCGGCGGUCACCGAGCCCUCGAGGAAGCCCUCGGGGAAGCCCUCGGGGAAGCCCUCGGGGGAGGCCUCGGCGCCAGGAGAGAAGGAGGCGGCGCAGAAGGUGGAGGGGAGCGCGCCGCCCCCGGCCCCCCAGUGAUGGCCUCUGGCCUCCGGGUCGCAGCCCGUCCGGCGUCCCACGCCGGCACCUGUGACCGCCCUCGCCCGACGCUCGCCGCUCUGUGGUCGCUGUGGUCGCCGUGGUCGUGCCCCUGCUCCCAGGCCCCCUCGCUGACGCCCCCCGCCCCGUGAGCCUCUAGCUCUGUCGCUUUUCUCUGAGUAAAGAUUCAUCUCCACCUGGAUCUCGCGCUUCUCCUGAGCAUCCUCGGCUCUCCGGCCUUUUUCCUGACCCCCAACCCCGUUCGGGCGAGGGCCCGAAUUCUGUCCCCCGUUGCCCAGCUUUUCUCAAGCUUUAAAGCUCAAUUUAAAAGCAUUUAUUAACCUAGUAACCUUUGUAUAUGUCUUCACUUAUUCUUUAAUUAAUACGCCAUUAAUUUAUACAUUUAAUCUCUCUAAACUGUUAAAGACAUUUCCCAGAAGUGACAACUUCAUUAAUUAGAUUCCCUAUGGCUCUCAUACCCCAGGAGCCCUCUGAGCAUCUAACAGCGCGGACCCCACCCGCCUGACACCGCGAGGUCGGAGUCAGAUCUUAAACUGAAAUUCUCUCACCUCCUGGAACUAAAACCCAGGAUUGCUGAGAUGAAAUUUAAGCCAUUUCAAAUUAAAACGAGUUGCCUGUGCCGCAUCCUCUUAAGACUUCCCCUGGUUUUCAGUAGCGAACAGCAGGAACUGAUGCUGCUGGUACCACUUCUGGGCGAACCUAAGCCUAGACGGGCAGUAGGAGCAGGGCUGCACCCUCCCCGCGCCGUGUGCGGGGUCCCGCGGACCACCUCGCCGCACCAGGACAGGCUCCUGGGACGGACCCAGGCCAAGAGGGCCGUGGCUUCUGGCCAGUGUCAGGGUGUGGGCUGGGGCUCGGCUCUGGGUGGCCUGCCCGGCCCCCUGCGGUAGCCCCGGCCCCGCAGCGUGACCCACAGUGCAGACCCUGCAGUAGAACAGGCGAGCAAAGACUCUUUCCCCCGCCCUGCGGCCUGCGAUGUGGUGACCCUUCCAGGGUUCCCUCUGCACACAGGUGCACACACGUGCACACAUACGGUCGUGCCUCGGUACCACGGGGAUUGGUUCCAGGACACCCCACAGAUAUCCAAGUCUGUGGAUACCAAAAUCCAGGGGUGCUCGAGUCCCUUAUAUAAAAUGGUGUAAUAUUUGCACAUAACCUACGUACAUCCUCCCGUGUACGAUAAAUCAUCUCUAGAUUACUUAGAAUACCUAAUACCAUGUAAAUGCUGUGUAAAAAGUUUCUGGCUUGGCAAAUUCAACUUUUGCUCUUUGGAAA